AACCCAGCAGGCGUGGGUUCCUUGCGAACCCACCCAGGCGCUGGGUUCCUUGCGAACCCAGGCGCUGGGUUUGCACCAAACCCAGCAUGCCUAGGUUUGGUGGAACCCAGCACGCUUGGGUUCGGUUCCUUGCGAACCCAGGCGCUAGGUUCGCAAGGAACCCAAGCGUGCUAGGUUCGCAUCUGGUGUUGGGUUCGCGUUUGGUGUUGGGUUCGCGUUUGGUGUUGGGUUCGCGUCUGGUGCUGGGUUCGCUGGGUUCGUGUCUGGUGCUGGGUUUGCUGGGUUCGCGUUUGGUGCUGGGUUCGCGUCUGGUGCUGGGCUCGCGUUUGGGUUCGCACCGAACCCAGCAUGCUUGGGUUUGGUGGAACCCAGCACGCUUGGGUUCGGUUCCUUGCGAACCCAGGCGCUGGGUUCGCAAGGAACCCAAGCGUGCUGGGUUCGCGUUUGGGUUCCUACAAACCCAGCACACUUGGGUUCCUUGUGAACCCAGGUGCUGGGUUCGAAAUCGAACCCAGCAAGCGUUGGGUUUGAAAUCGAACCCAGCAAGCGUUGGGUUUGAGCAGCUGCUGAGUUCCUACAAGUGAGGCUUUGGGUUUCGUUUUGAACCCAGCAGCCAUUGGGUCAAAUAUCUAUUGAGUUUAAUCUGUUGAUUUGUUGUGUUAUCCUUGAAUUUAAUAUUAGGAAUUAGGGUUUGCAGAAGGUUAAAGGAAAGGAAGAGGAAGAAGAAAGGGAAAAAGGAAAAACAAACGAAGAAAAAAAAAAGAAUAAGAAAUUUUUAAAGAUUUU